GUGUACAAGUUGCCUUCGCUUACAUGGAACUUUCACACUCUUUGGAUCCCUGACUCUCUUCACAACAAUGGGUUCUCUCCCUUUUUCCUUCUUAUUUUCUCUCUCCUCAUAAAAUUUUCCUAGAAAGUUUGCUUUAACUUUCUAGCUCAUGUAUCCAUGGCUCAUUUUAGUCAUAAAUUCUUAGUUUCAUGUCAUUGUUUAUGUCACUUCUAGUUCAACAUGUUGAAUUAUUGAAGUUACUUCAUUACAUAACUUCCUAGGAAGGCUAGAGUAUCAUUUUCCUGAGAAAAUGAAGAAUUUCCUCUGUUUGUUUCCUUUCUUCUUCCUUUUCCUUCUGUUUCCUCCGGUUUCCAUCGCGCAAUUGUCUGCAUCAGAAAGCAGAAUCAUGUUCCAAGUCCAGCAAUUUCUUGAAUAUCCACAAGUCUUUCAAGGAUGGAAUAACUGGACUAACUUUUGUUACCUCCCUUGGUCACCUUCAGUAGUGAUUGUUUGCUCAGAAAAUCACAUAACUGAAAUAACUGUCAUUGGCAACAAAACCUCCCCUUCUCAAUUCCCAAAUCCCACUUCAGCAAACUCUGCCAUAUCUCAGCUAACUCUCUCAUCAAAAUUCUCCAUUGAUGCAUUCUUCACAACUCUAACAAAGCUCUCAAACCUGAAAGUGUUGUCUCUUGCGUCCUUAGGACUAUGGGGUCCAUUACCGGCCAAAAUCAUCCAGUUUUCGUCGCUUGAAGUGCUUAAUAUGAGUUCAAAUUUCAUAUAUGGGAGCAUCCCUGCCUCACUUGCCACUCUCAAGAAUCUCAGAAGCCUUGUUUUGGCUGAUAAUUUGCUUAAUGGGACUGUCCCAGAUCUCAGAAGUCUACAAGUUCUUGAAGAGCUAGACUUGGGUAGAAACCAAUUGGGGCCUAAAUUUCCUACACUAGGUAACACUCUUGUAAGCAUAAUAUUGAAAAACAACUCUUUUAGAUCUCAUAUUCCAUUAGAGCUCAUCAACUUUGCUCAACUUCAGCGAUUCGACGUGUCUUCCAACAAACUUGUUGGACCUAUACCCUCUUCUCUGUUUGCUCUGCCAUCAAUUCAGUACCUUAGUCUAGCCAAAAAUCAGUUUAGUGGCGCUCUUUUGACGAAUAUAUCUUGCAGUGCCAAGCUUGGAUUUGUAGAUGUUUCUGAUAACCUUUUGAUUGGGAUGUUGCCUUCCUGCAUCGGAUCAAAUUCUACGAAUAGAACAGUACUUAGUUCAUGGAAUUGUCUGUCAAAUGGAAGCUCCAAGUAUCAGCACCCUUAUUCAUUUUGUCACAAGGAGGCAUUGGCUGUUAAGCCUCCGAGUAGAUCAGAUCAACAGCAGCAGCAGCCCAGCCGCAAACUUGGCUUGAUCCUCGGUAUUAUUGGGGGCGUUAUAGGGGCUGCAGGCGUUUCCGUGUUGUUGAUUUUGCUGAUCUUGAAAAGAGCAGGAAGAAAUCAAGCUAAAAAUUACAAAUGUGACAGCUUUGUUAUUGAAAAAGGUUCUUUUCGCAGCACCCCGGGCAUCAUUGGAAGGCAUGUUCCGAGGACUAAGAGGAUGGCAUCACUAGGCAUCCCACCAUACCAUGUUUUUACACUGGAGGAAAUGGAAGACGCGACAAAUAACUUUGAUGCAAUGAAUCUGGUGGGGGGAUUAGGAUCUCAGGGGCAGCUCUAUAAAGGUUGGCUUAGAGAUGGCUCAGUGGUCCUGGUGAAAUGUUUGAAACUGAAACCGAAGCAUUCACCUCAUAGUUUGCUGCAUCAGAUAGAAGUGAUAUCUAAGCUGAGACACCGGCAUUUGGUCAGCGUUCUUGGCCACUGCACUGUCACAUACCAGGACCAUCCCAACACAGCUAGCACCGUCUUCAUUGUCCUCGAAUAUGUCACAAAUGGUUCGCUAAGGGAUCAUCUUACCGAUUGGAGAAAGAGGGAAGUCCUGAAAUGGCCACAGAGAAUGGGAAUUACAAUUGGCAUUGCGCGGGGAAUUCAGUUCUUGCACACAGGAAUUGUGCCUGGGAUUUUUGGGAAUGACUUGAAGAUUGAGAACAUAUUGUUGGAUGACAAUCUCAUAGCAAAAAUUAGUGGCUACAACAUGACAUUGACCUCCGAGGCGGUUGGUUCAGAGCUCCCACUCAGUAAACAAGAUGCAUCGAGUCUUCUGGACAGAGCUGAAGAUGCAGAGAAGGAUGAUAUCUAUGAGUUGGGUGCCAUUCUACUUGAAGUCAUUACUGGCAAACCAAUCACAUCUGAUGCUGAAUUAAAUGACUUGAAACUUGAGCUUGAAAGGGGCUUAGCAGAGGGACAAUCCACACUUGGAGGAGUGACAGAUCCAUCAAUCAGAGGAACUUUUGCAUAUGAUUCUUUGAAAACUAUGGUUCAGAUCACUGUCAACUGUCUCUGCAGAGAUUCGACCAACCGUCCAUCAAUUGAAGACGUUCUUUGGCAUAUGCAGUACUCCAUUCAAGUUCAAGAAGGUUGGACUAGCAGUGGAAACCUUAGUACAAAAUUUUAGAGGUUGAAUUGACUUUUUAAACCCUGUUAUUGCCUGCCUUUUAUGGUUCUUUGUAUUAUAAUUCAGUAAUUAUCCAAAUAGAUCUUAUUAUGAGUUGUAAUUACAUGAAAUAUUAUACUCAUUAUUAGACUCAUGCUGGGAUUACCAAAAGGCCAUUAAAUUUGCGAA